AUGGGAAGUUUAUUAUACCAAGCAUUAUCAUCCUCAGCACUCCUCUCCUUAGGUCUCUAUCACCUCAUUCUCACAACCCUAAACUACCUCAAAUCCCCCCACACCUACACAUCCAAACCCUACCACCCCCUCCCCUCCUCCAACCACCCCCGUCUCCGCCCAAUCCAGCUCUACUUCAUCAUCUUCUCUCUCUCCAUCGCCAUCAUCCACCACCUCAUCCUCGCCACCGAUUCCGAUCCCUUAAUCAAAGGCGCCACCCCCGUCCACCGCCUCACUUCUCUCCAAUCCGCCUCCCUCCUUUUCCUCUUCCUAAUCCUCUCCAUCUCCCUCCUCCUCCCUCUCCCCCUCUCCCCCGAUUUCACCUUCUCCCUCCUCUCCCUCCUCUUCCUCCUCCACUCCUCCCUCCAAACCUCCCUCUCCUCUCUCCAAACCUCCUCCCUCGAAGCCAAAUGCGACUCCGUCUCCUCCAAUCUCUCCGCUCUCUCUUCCUUCCUCUGCCUCCUCCUAGCUUGUUUCCCUCGUCUCUACCCCGCUGACGCCGCACUCGCCGCAUCAAUCUGUCUCCGUGGCCUAUGGGCUCUUCAAACCGGCCUUUCUCUCUACGCCGAAGCUUUUAUCCCGGAAGGCUGUCAUCGUCUUCUCGACGUUGUUAACGGUGUCGAAGGAUCCACGCAGUGUGAUCUCGAUGAGUCUAAGUUUCGUGCGCUUGCCAUUCUUGAUCUGGCUUUUGUUGUUCAUGUAAUGCUGGUUAUGAUCAUUGUUUUGGUUGCUUAUGCUGCUGUUGCCACUACUGUUGGGACUGUUAGAAGGGUGGGAUCCUAUGAGGCUUUGCCUACUGCUACGUCGCCUACGGAUUCUAAUCAUAUUCAGAUGAAAGCUUUGGCUGGAACACAGGCUUGA